AUGCCAAGCCCUUUACUCCCCGACACCCCGCAGCAUAUUCUGCAGCUCCUCAGUGAACUUCAUCAGAAGUCACUUGAGCAGGAAGCCAUAAUCUCGAAAAAGGGAAAGGUAUUUUCGGCAGACGUGUUAGGAGAUCUUGAGGACAAGCAACCGAGCAGCAAUCCAAAGGAUGCAUUCAACAAGCUUAUGCUGGACAAAUUUAUCGCAUUGGAUGAAGACAAAUGUCAAUUUACGUACCAGCUGAUCAACGCCAUGGGAGCCACCAAUGUUGUUGAGGCCGGAACUAGCUUCGGAGUCAGUACUAUUUAUCUGGCGCUUGCAGUUGCAAAGUCGAAAGCCGCGACUGGCAAAUCUGGAACCGUGAUCGCCACCGAAAACGAACCCGAGAAGGCGGCAGUUGCACGCAAGUACUGGGCACAGUGCGGCCCUGAGGUUGAGCAGCAGAUCGAUCUCCGAGAGGGCGAUUUACUUCAGACACUCCAAGAUGGACUGCCAGAUGUUGAUCUUCUACUUCUUGAUAUCUGGUCCGCACUUGCAUUGCCCACACUGAAGACUGUUUUACCUCGCCUUCGGCCUGGCGCCGUCGUGUUGACCGACAAUACAAUCUCAGGUGCUAAAGGGUACGCGGAUCUGCUGGCAUACCUGCGUGACCCAUCGAAUGGCUUCCAAAACCAGACUCUCCCAUUCACCAAUGGGUUUGAGAUGAGUGUUUAUAUGCCCCAGCGCCAAUAA